GCCAUGAUCUAUAAUCUAUUAGACCUAGGUGACUCCUCUAAUACCCCGCAUCCCAUCCGAUCAGCAAUAUCCAGGAGGUAUGGUGCUGGGCCGAACACCCAUUCUAUACUUAAAUGUUCCUAUAUCAUUCCUAUAUCAAGUAUUAGUUUCUCUGUGUCAUUUCCGUCUGAAUUCUGUUCCCUGUCGCUCGGUCACAUCGUUUCAUAGUCAACCUUUCUGGGCACAUUCUCAACAUGGCGAUUCAGUCCGAGUCGAGAAACGGAACCAAAGCGGACCAAAAUGAGCCGAUUUGCAGCCCUGACGCUCCCCCGGCCUCCCAGGCAGACAAAACGGGGUAUCGAAUUCGCGAACAACCAAUGGGAACCAAGGGAAAACUACGUGUCGUCCUUAUGGGGGCUGGGGCAUCUUCGGCGAACUUUUUCAAACAGGCCGAGGGGCAUAUGGAGCAGCUUGAUAUCGUAUGCUACGAGAAAAAUCGCGACAUAGGUGGCACUUGGCUUGAGAAUAGAUAUCCUGGAUGUGCGUGCGACAUUCCGUCCGUCAACUACCAGUUCUCCUGGAAGAUCAAGCUCUGGUCGCGUUAUUACUCCUUUUCCAAGGAAAUAUGGGAAUAUCUCAAGGACAUAUACGACGAAAAUCGCUUCGUGGAUAAGUAUGUGAAGCUCCGACAUAAAAUUCAAGGAGCGGAAUGGGACCAAGAACAAGGACUUUGGCGGUUCAAGAUCAAGAAUCUCGACACCGGGGAUAUCAUUGAUGACCAUGCCGAGUUCUUCAUUAAUGCCGGUGGUGUCCUGAACAAUUGGAAGUGGCCUGAUAUCCCCGGCCUGCAGGAUUACCGCGGAAAGCUCAUGCAUUCUGCAGCCUACGAAGAAGACUACCCUCUCGACGGUAAGCGAGUUGCUGUUGUGGGAGCCGGAAGCAGUGGAGUGCAGAUCGUCUCUGCGAUUCAGAAGAAAGUUGCCAAGCUCUACCACUGGGUUAGGAGUCCGAUCUGGAUCACAGCAGGAUUUGCGCAGACUUGGGCGGGCAAAGAUGGCCUGAAUUUUGCGUAUACUCAAAAGCAAAAGGACUACCUCCGUGAUCACCCUGAGAAGUAUAUGGAAUAUCGGAAACAGAUCGAGAACGAGCUCAAUCAAAGAUUCAAAUUUAUCAUCAAAGGCACAGACGAAGCUAAAAUGGCAAGAGAAUAUGCCACAUCGGAGAUGAAACGCAAACUGAACAAUGAUCCUCGGCUUUGCGAUAAGAUCAUCCCAAAGGAUUUCAAUCCAGGUUGUCGAAGACCGACACCGGCACCUGGGUAUCUCGAGGCUCUGGUCGCUCCAAACGCCACCAUCUUUACCGACACUGUCACCAAGUUCACUUCAUCUGGGUUCAUCGAUCACGAAGGCAACGAGCACGAAGUGGACGUCAUUAUCUGUGCGACCGGCUUUGACACCACCUGGAAGCCCCGGUUCCCCCUCGUCGCUCAUGGCCGAGAUCUUCGCGAAGUCUGGUCCGGCGAUGAUAGUGUCACCUCCUAUCUCAGCAUUGGCAUCCCGGAUUUCCCGAACUACUUUAGCUUCUGCGGUCCCUACGGCCCGCUCGGGCAUGGGAGCUUCAUGCCACUCAUCGAAUCCUGGACCGGUUACAUUCUCGACGUCAUUAGAAAAGCACAGGUCGAAAACAUCAAAUCGUUCACACCGCGGAUGGAUGUCUCCAAGCAAUUCCGUCAGCAUGCCGACUCGUUUCUGAAAAGGACCGCAUGGACGAGCCCAUGCCGAAGCUGGUUCAAGCAGGGAAAGUCAGACGGGCAGACGGUGAUCUAUCCCGGGAGCCGGUUGCAUUUCUUGGAAAUUAUGAAAAACCCGAGGUAUGAAGAUUAUCAGAUCGAGUACCGGGAUGAGAACCGCUUCGCGUUCAUGGGGAACGGCUUCGACCUUCGAGAAUUCGACGGCCGGGACAUUACGUAUUAUCUAGGAAAUAUCGAUCCGGAUGGGAGGGAUGUGCAGCCAGAGUAUGGAGAAGAACUGAUGCCCGUUUUGGCGGGAUGGGCAAUAGACGAGAAUUGAGGAGAUAAUCGCCUCACAUGGUCGGUAAUUAUUAUCCCAGAGGAGCGCAUUGUCUGGACCACUAGACAAGUCAUGUCAUGCGGCUGGUUCCAUUCAAGUCCCGUUCGUCAACAACCGAAAGAAGCGAACAAAGUCAUCAACCCUCGUCAGGCUUCUUCUUCAUUAGUCGAUUCGAAAUUCGAAAUGUUUGCAGUGU